UAAACAUCCGCUGUCGAAGAAGUUCGAGGAAGUUUCUGAGUCCCGAACCCGAAGGCAGCAUCCUUGGGGUGUGUCUGUGUGUCGUAUGGUGGGGCUUGAAAGGCAGCGAAAUGAAACGGUAAUUCUCAAAGGGAUCAAUGAAAAUAAAAUGAUGACAAGUUGUGGUCUACAGUUACUGAAUACUCUGGUUCUGUUGUCCUUGUUCUUGCCAGCAGCACUGUCUGCACAUUUUCGAGUCUGUGAGCCAUAUACAGACUACAAAGGCCGCUCUCAUUUUGGAUUUCACUGUCCACGUCUUUCUGACAAUAAAUCAUACAUCUUUUGCUGCCAUCAUAACAACACCGUGUUUAAAUACUGCUGUAAUGAGACGGAAUUUCAGACUGUUAUGCAGAUGAACUUAACGGGAAAUGCAGAUGGAUAUAUGCAUAAUAAUUACAGUGCAUUGUUAGGAGUGUGGAUCUAUGGGUUUUUUGUUGUGGUCUUGCUGGUACUGGACCUUUUGUAUUAUUCCUCAAUGAACUAUGAUAUUUGCAAACUAUACCUAGCAAGAUGGGGACUCCAGGGAAAAUGGAUGAAACCGGAACCAAGCCGGUGGAUUAAACCCACUCAGGACCCGAGACAAGAUCAGACUGAACUUCAGCCUCCACCUCAAAUACUGCAGGCCGUACAUGCAUUAAAAGGAGAAGCUUUAAAUCCACCACUGAUGUCUUUUCCAAGUUCAACUGCCUGCCCUGGGGACAGCUAUGGGCCAGUCAGAGCUGACUGGUGAUCUCUUACCCUGCCUCUGAGAAGGAGAAAUGUCUUGAGAAUACAGGGCAGCCAAGGCCAUCAAUGGUUUAAAUCAUGUCUUUAAGAGAAAUAUGUUGAUGUGCUUCAAGCUGGGAGAGGUAAGAUUACAGUCCAAGGAGAGCAGCUUCUUCUGAUGAAUUUUUAGGGAAAUAAUUCAGCAAUGGCAGUUUGUCUAAUUACAUGAAAAGAACCAACACAAUGGUACAGAAAGACUGCAGACGGAAAUUGGAUGCAAGCAAUACCUUUGGGACAGAGAACCACUUAUGAAAGAAGACAAAGAUAACUGAGAAAGAAGACAAAUACUGCAGUGGAAAAAGAAGUUGUUUCAGUGGCAAUUCAAACUGAGGGUGGAUAUAACCAAACUGAGGGUGGAUGUGUAUAAGAAUGUUUGGGAACAUUUAUUUGCCUCCCCCAUCCAUUAAAUUACCAUCUGAGCCUACUUUUAAAUGUCAAAAUAAUGAAUACAACUUUUUCCAAAGUUCUCUAGUGAAGAUUGUCACAACAGGCUAGCCGCGAAUCAACUUAGAUUUUUAUUUCCCCCCCCCCUCACAUGUGUACCUUCAGGAAAGGAUAUCAAUUAUUUUAGAUUAUGAACUCUUACCAUAUUCAUCCAUGUCAAAAUGCCAGACUUCAAUUUCAUCUUCCUGAGCACACCAAAGUGGCCUCUAUUGUCUGGGAAACAAGAGAGAGACUAAAAAAAAAAUUCCAUCUUGAUUCUUACUUUUAAAAAAUUCAAAUGUAAAUAAAGCAAUAAAAUAGUUGCCUUCUAUUGGCUGAGCCAGAGUCCAAUUACUCAUUAACUAAUCAUAAUUACCUCUCCCUCAAUAAUGAUUAUAUCCUUGCAGAGCAGGGCAGAAGGGAUUUUCUUACUAAGGUUUAUGGGAAAUGUCAGUUACUGUGCACAUUAAAAUAGCUUGAGGUUUGGGGUUUGUUUUUAAAAUGGAAGGGGAUAAUUUGUGAAGGCAUGACAUUUUUAUGUCAUCCCUAAAGAAUUCCAUUAGAUAUCACAACUUUUAUGUACAGCAAAGCAUUUGCCAGUUGAAAAAUCAAUACCAGAAAAGCACCUUUAUAUUUGUUCAGUUAUUGUCACUGCUGGUAUUGUCUUUUCAAAACAAAGUAUUUUACUUUUCAGCUCUCUUAUGCUGAAAACUCCUUAUAGUUUCCCUGCAGCAAUAUAACAACAGAAGAGGGAUGCAGAAACAGCAAUUUCCUAACCCUUUCCAAAUCCCACCUCUGUUUUUCUUAACUCCAUGCCUCUUUUUCACCAUGUUUUCUAUGCCUUUUUGCUUGCCCUGCCUCUUUAACAUCUUGGCAACUCAACCAAUCACUGGCAGAAGUUUCUUAAAUCUCUUACAGCACUUAGGUGCCAGAUAUUGGACCUAGAACUUUACCCAUGUGCUCAGCUGCUGAGCUGGAGUCCCAUCCUAGAAGGACCUGUUCCAGGAAGAAGAGGGUUCAGGGCUCCUCCUAGGGUAUAUAACUUGGGGUCAUGCAGGCAUUCCUAGGAGCAGCGAAUCUAUUGUUGCUCUUUUUGUGUAGCAGCUCUGAUAAGAGCAACGUUACUAUAUAUACUCCUGCACUACUUAAGGGUGCCACUUCUCUCCUGAAUGAGUUUGCAAAUCCUUAGUACAGCCUUUGCAAUGGGAUGUUUUCCUUACACAGCAGUAUAUGUAGCAUUCUGAUGAAAUUGACAACUUUAAUAUUAUUGGGUUAUUUCAGCCUCAGAGCUUCCUGCUUUUUAGAAGGGUAUUGCUUAGUUCUGUUCCAGUAAAGGUCUGAGAACAAAGAGUGCAUAAAUACUUUAGGAACCAAUAUCUGGGCAAGAGCAGGAUGGAAUUUUCUGGCCUGGUUUGCAUCUCUACUCUGCUAUCCAGUUUUAAUUGGGUAUGAAGAUGACAUAUUUCUUGUUCCAUCAUAUCAGGAAUCACAUAUGCCUGGGAAAACAGUCCAAAGGAAGAUAGGUUUAUAUAUUUUUAACAGUUGUACAAAAUAAGGAAAAUCUGUCAUAUAGGUGUCUUUGAGAUGGGUUCCACUUCCUAAAAUUCCCUCUUCUAUGUAAGAAGUAUGAGCAUCCUGUCCUCCUUUGCAUGUGGUGAGUACUACAGAUCUCUGGUGUAAGAUUCUUCCUGUAAUCAGAGCAGGAAUUUAGCAUUGUAAAAUGCAAUUACAAAUGCAGGCAUGUCAAUACGAUUGAAGUGAGGGGGGAGUCGGAAAAACAUUCUCUCUGAGCAUUCAGUUUAACAUACAGUAACACCCAAACCGGUUGACCAGUCUGUUUGAAUAAUUAGGUGGCAUGUGCUAUCACCUGUCCAAUUUUGGUGCAGAUCUAUUGAGAAAUAGAUAUAGUAAAGUACUCUGAAAACCUAUCUUGAAUAAACUCGUUUAGUUUGUGAUCUUUUGCCCUAAAGGUGCUAGCUUAAUUCUGUAUAUAACAAAAUAAAAUAUAGGUCCAUGGAUAAAUAAAUGCUUGUUAUGCUUUUUUGAAAGAAAAAUAUUGGUUGUAUUACAUUUAAUACAACAUAGUGCUGCACAUGUUCAGUGAGCUAAUUUAGGUGAAGUCCUAAAUUUAGGUGAAGUCCUAAAGUGCUGGGUAAAUUGUACAUAUUACAGAGGCAAAAAAAUUAAUGCCCCUCCCCUACUCUACACUGACAAUAUGUGUAUACUGAUUUUACUUUUCAAAAAUCAAGGAAAUGUAAAUAUCAAAAAACCUUUCGUUUGAGAUGAGAGUUAUGAUUUUUACAAUAAUCACUGUAAGCAUGGAAACUGCAAGUUAAAGUCAUCUUAACUUCCACAACAUGGAAGCAGCAACAUCUUUGUACAGUCUUGCAUAUUAUAUCAGCUUUAAAGGUGAGAUUCCAUGUACGAACAUUUUGCCACGAUGUUUCAAUUCAACACUGGGUUCAGAACAAAUGUUCCCAGAUAUAAAUUCUGAACAGAACACCUGCUGCAGAUGUACCUGAUGAAUUCCUGCAUUUUGAGGGGAAGCACUGAAAAGGCAGAGCACUUCUUCAAAAUACCGGCCACUAUAGUAAAUAUACAGGCACAAAUUCAAUAGGUACAACAGUGUCAUCUAUCACUCCCAUGAACUCUUCUCAUUCAGAGCCAUAUAAGUGCUUUUUUGCCCUUCAAGCUUUAAUGAAGGAAAGGGAGGAAUGGUCACCAGCUCUUUGUGAGUAUUUAAUUGUGUUUCAAUUUGUGUACUAGGCUCCCUAUUUGAUAUAGAUGUCAUCAAAUUAGCUAGCUACAGCAGCUCUUGUUACUCAGUAUUCCCUCCUUGUCAUCAAUUUUUAGUCAGAAAAGCCAUCUCCAUUUACUUUGUCUUGAUUUAAUCAAAUACAGUGUGUGUAAUAGUGUAUAAAGUAGAAGUGAGGCCUGCAUAGAGGAGGCACUGAUAGAACGGAAUGUUGAGGAAUGUGACAGCUGGAGACGCCGUUGAGAAAAGGGACACAGAGUUCAGGGUACACAUGAGGAAACCUUUCUGAGAGGGAGAAGCAAUGAAAUAAUUUCUGAAGCGCAAUUAUUUGGAGUCCAUUUGGAGGAGCAGUCAACUUAAUAUUUGAUUCAGAAGGGAUUUGCACACUGUGCUCAAGAACUGGAUGUCUGCUGGGACUGUCAUUUUCUGGAUUACAAAUACCUGGGUUCAGUAGCAUAAAUUAGAAGGUGCUUACCUCGGCUGCGGGGGGUUGGCUCCACCACUCACCUGGCUGUCAUGGGGUCAAUCCUCAUGACAGAUGGGAGUGCUGGGCGGGACACUGCAGCUUGGAGCAGCUUACAGGUGCUGCCAAAGCAGAGGUAAAGGUGAAGUGUACUGUCGAGUUGGUGUCGACUCCUGGCAGCCACAGAGACCUGUGGUUGUCUUUGGUAGAAUACAGGAGGGGUUUACCAUUGCCAUUUCCCACACAUGAGGUGAUGAUGAUGUAUUUCAGCAUCUUCCUAUAUCGCUGCUGCCCGAUAUAGGUGCUUCCCAUAGUCUGGGAAACAUACCAGUGGGGAUUCGAACCGGCAACCUCCUGCUUGCUAGUCAAGUCAUUUCCUGCUGCACCAUUAGGUGGCUCAGAGCAGAGGUAAGCACCUUCUAAUUUAUGCUUAGAGGUGCCUCUCACAAUCCCACCCCGACUACUGCCUGAGUUCCCCCCAUCCUGUGACAAGGAGGUGGACAGCAGCUUACCUGUAAUUCUUAUUUUAUCUAUAUUCCAACUUGGCAAACCUUGACUUAAUAUACAUUUUAAAACUAAAUAUAUUUUAUUUGAAUUAUAUAUAGCUAUCUACACAUUAUAAUUUAUAUUUAUUAAUGAAACAGACUAUAGAUUUUUUUACCCUUUACUAUUCACAAAUGUGGUUGUUUUUCCCCAGGUUAUAAAAGGUGUUUCUUGAGUGCUUGAGUGGAAUCAGAUCCCGCUCUCUGCAAUGUAUCCAACUCUUGAUACAAUUUUGGUUGAGAUGUGAACAAUUGGUGAUAACUUCCCAAGACUGAAAGUGCUUCUAGAAUCUAGUGCAGCUUAUCUGAGGUCCAUAGCUAGAUGUUGUGAGAAUUCAGAGCUAUUGUAUUCUACUGCACUUUCUAGGGUGUGCAUAAAACCAGUUUGCCCAGUUCGGUUUGAGUCUGAAGCUAACAAACUGGACUGGGAAUGUUCAGUUUUGGCACCCCAAACUAGAACCCUAGCUUGGCUCGAAUUCGGGCCUCUUCAGGACUAAAGUGUUGUUGUUUUUUUAAAUUUAAAACUUACCACCAGGAUUGGUGGCAUCCAAGGGGUACUGCUGUGGCUGGCUGGGGGGGGAGGGGAUGUCCUCUGGCAGUUCCCCACGCUGGCCUCCCCCUGGUCUUUGGGCCAGUUUGUUUUUGGGCCAGUUCAGUCCUCUCCGUGGUCCCAGUGACCGUUUUGGAGGCCGCUGCACAUGCACCCUGGCCAUCUGUGUGCCCUCACACCCCUAGCACUUUCUAUUCGUGUUAUGCUCUGAUCAGUACAUCAGUCAGGAUUCGGGAAUACAUCAGGUGCACCUAUAGCAAGGUCUUGUGUAUGUUGCACCAUCUGAAGCAUUACUAUAGUAUAAACCUAGAAUGAAAAUUUUAAGCAUCAUACCUCACAUCUUAAACAAAAGGGUUUUUUAAAAUGUGUUAACUUUAUUGUUUUUCAGAAGUGUAAAAACUACAUCACAUACUCUGAAUUAGGACAGAUCUGCACAACUGUGUCCCACGAAGCACAAAUGCAGCCUCCAAACCAUGUACUUCAUAAGCUUUCCUGUGUCUUUAGAUCAAGCAAGACAAUAAAAUAGAAGGUUUAUAAAAUCCCCAAUGAGUCCCCAUUGGUGGGAUGCUGGAUGACAAAGUCUAAUAGUGUAGCUACUACUAUAAAUACAUUUCUGUUACAUUUACACAGAUAAGAUUGCUUUUUAGUUUAAUUUGAUUUAAUUGCUGUAUACCCUUCUGUUUCCAUUGGCUCAGAGCACCUUACAGCAUUUCCCCCCUAAAUGUUAAUACUCUUGUCAGUUAAGGUUUAUUUACCACAAAUUCAUGCCACUCAUAAGAAAAGACCUCCCCAGACUUGUGGGAUGUGGGGAAGGCAAGCUCAGAGCCAGAAGGGCAAUAGAUUCUUGGAAACCAUUUGCUGUUGGGGCCACAAACACACCUGGCUCCAGUAGAAAUGGGGGUGCAGGAAAAGGCCCUCUUUGCCCUAAAGAAAGGCCUGGUGGAUGCAGCUUCAAGGGAAGUUGAAUCAUUUUUACUGACUGGUUUUCCAAUUCCUUAGAAUGUGCAGUUUCCUCUGGGGAGCUCCACAGAAGCAGCCAUGAAUAGAACCAGCCAGGUUACAGAAAAGAAAAAUAAGCUCAAGGCAAAAGCUGCGAAUGUAACAGUGAGAUAAAGUUGCAAUGCAUCCUGGCAUGUAAUGACUCCUGUACAGUUCUGUGCCCAUAAGACAUGGGACUGCUCUUACAUUGGUGGCAUAACCCACCUCAUAACACUGUGCUUAUGCUCCAUCUGGAACAGCUAGAAUGUUCUGAAUAUUUCCUUUGACCCUGUCAGGAAAAAGAUCCCAAUUCUGCUAUGUUUGCCAGUAACUAGUGCCUCAGCACCUAGUGACAAUCUUAGCCACUGAAUACAGCAACCAGGCUACAGAAUGUGUUCACCAGAGGGAUAGUUAUCCCUAUGCCAAAUUUCCUCUGCUCCCAGUCAAAUUGUUUAAUAGUGCUAGUCAGGAUUUUUAUGUAGCGAGGUUCCUUACUCCGCACCCACAUCAGUGUGAGCUGCUGAUGUGAGAAUGUAUGGUUAAGAUGAUGCAUGCUUGAAAGCAUGCAGGCAACUCCUCCUCAAAGCUCCUCAAAGUUGAGUAAGAUAGGAAUUCUGCACCACAUGACUCAUAAGAAAUUAUGCAUUGUAUCACAUUCAGUAAAUAAUGGAAUAAUUAUGCAAAAAAGAGGAAAUUGCACAUUUUCUCAUUUGCAUAAUUUAGCACAGGUCUCAGAGUGCAGCUUUUGUCAUGCAAUUUUUGAGUCCUUCAGCACAGAAUUGUAUUACGCAGCGCUGAAAAUAAAGGCAAAUCAAACUACAAAGAGAGAGCUACAUCAUGCAAUACUACAUUUUAAUUUAAUUAACAUUUGACAAAUAUUCACAACAAAUUCACAUUGAACCAAGUUCUGUAUAUAAUCAUUUGAUUUUUCUUACAAAUUAAUGAUUUAGAAUUGUAUGGAUUUUUUUUUAAAAAGUACUUUCAUCGUGUGGUUGAAAUUGUCACAGAUCUUUUUUAAAAGUGUGUGUUUAUGAAAGAUUUGUAUUAGAUAAUGGUUUUUGUGACUCACUGUCUUUUGUAAAGGGGUUAUUUCCCUUUGGGAAUUGUGUGUUUCUAAUGAGCAGUUUUAUGCUUCUAGUUUGUGUGUUGUUGUUUUUUAAAUAUGAAUGGAAUUAGAUUAUAUUGAUACUAAGUGGUUGAGAUUUUCAUAUUGCCUAAAUUAUUUGCAUAUGUUGAUAAAAUCCAUAUUGUGCCAAUGGUCAAUAAUAAUAAAACAAAAUAGCUGAAUUAUUGAGAUUAAUGAUUAAUGGUCAUGACUGAGAUUAACUAACUAGGCCUUAAUUUAAUGUUGUAUUUCAAAAGUGGAUUAUCAUCCUGCAUCAUUUGCUAUUUGUAAUGUUUCAGACCAACCAUUAAUAACAAUAUCAAAAGCAUUAAUAACAACAUCAAAAAGAUGUUUACUGUAACAGGAGUCAAAAUCCAACUUUUAAAUGGUUUUUGCAGUACUUUCUAGUACAUGGUUUCAGUGUUCCAGUGAUGUAUUCUCAUGGUUGUGAAACUGUAUAUCAGUAUGGGGCUUAACAUGAUUUAAUUUCAAGUACAAUGACAAUGGCAUGUAGAUAUAAAUCCUGUUAACAGACAGUGUUUAAAUUUCCAAACUUACCUAUUCCAAAGUCAUCCAUCUUUGUUGAAGCACCAGAAACAAUUACGGUCUCAUUCUUGGGUGCCUGCCCUGAAGUCCCUUCUUUCAUAGAUUCCUGUAUCUGUCAAAUGAAAUGGUAAUUCUUUUGAAAUGGUGUCAACUCUGAAAACAUUUUUUUUAAUGGUUGGCAAGGUAACCAAAAGUAAUACAGCCAUUAGGUUUCCUAGUUCAGCCAUGCAUGCCAUAAAUCAUGUACUUCUAGUGCCUCAUUUAGCAGAGUGAAUUUUGAACAGUUGUGGAUGAAUGUGAGUACAUCAAUGUAUAUUUCUGUGCACACAAUCUGUGAGAAGUUGCCCAAUUUACUUGACAAUCUGAAUAAUAUAAUUCCAUUCCAUCAAUUCUCCUGCAUUGCUGAGCAUAGCAAGAAAACAGAUUGGGAAGCAUAUUGGUCAUAUCCAUAUCUUCUUAAAAAUCUAGAAAAAGCUGAAAGUAGAAGAAACAUAAAAGUCAGCAGAGAAAUUUAUCUGCAAUAUUUACAAACUUCCAAAUGCUGACAACUGUUAUAAGGCAACUGUAGUAUUCUCUGGCAAAUAUCAGUUGCCUCAACAUUGCUUCUUACAAAAUUCCACAUACAAAAGUUACACACAAAAACAGCUCAUUAUCAGUCAAUGGUGUGGAGGCAAAUGUCCCAAACCUAACAUUAUGAGAAAAUGGGUUAUGCAACUCAUUGCACCGUUCAUGUAACUACCUCCAGUACUGGACACAUUUGUCAAAAUCAUCACAUGUAAAUGCUCUAUUGGUAGCACAUUAAAGCACAUGAUUGUAGGGGAGGGGAACUACAAUGCACUAUAGCAUUUAGCACAAUCAACCUGAAUUUGGCACAAUACAAUUGAGGCGAGUAAAUGAGUAAACCAACUUCUCAUCAUAUUUGUCUCCAAAAUUACUCUUUUCAUGAAAGUGAUACCUGACUAUAGAGUCUUCUGAUCAGUGACUGUAAUAAAGAUUAUGAUGAUGACUA